AUGACAAUUUGCUCUGAAAUCCUGACUUCAGAAUUUGGACAAUCUGGAAUUUCAGAAUACUGGGGUUAUUGCUUUUCUCCUUUCAUAUCUAGAUGGUCGUCUACUUUCAACUGUGGAUUUGAACACAUCUCGUUGAUGACCUCCAAGAAAGACAUGGCCAACCAAAAGGCGGUGAUGGAAUUGCCCCGGCUGGGGUUCUCAGAGGUACGGAAGCCGCAUCUGGUCCAGGUUGCGCUGUUUCUCCUGGUCUACCUGGGGGCCCUGAUGGGGAAUCUCAUCAUCCUCGCCCUCACCGCCUUCAACCGGUGCCUCUACACCCCCAUACCCACAGCCUCCGUGUCAUCCUCGACUCUGCUCUCUCAAUUUACACCAGCCAUCCAAUCCGUCACCAACACCUGCCGGUCUCACCUUCAAAAUACCGCCAAGAUGCACACUUUCCUCUACAUCCAAACUACUAUCGUGCUGGUGCUAGCUCUCAAAAACUCCCGACUGCAUUACUCUAUCACCUUCCCAGAACAGUUGCCUUCAACUACUUUUUCUCUGACAACGCAGAACAUUUACCUGGAAAUGGCCAACAGCACCAAGGUGAUGGAAUUCGCCCUGCUGGGGUACUCAGAGGUCUGGGAGUGGGAGCUGGUCCACGCUGCAAUAGGGUCCUACAGGAAAAUGGCAGCCAACCUAUGGCUCGGCGGAGGCCUCUCCAACCUCAUGAACAUGACCAACACUUACUCUGUCCCCUUAGGUGGAUCCAACGUGAUCCACCAGUUCUCCUCGGAGAGCCCCCAUAUCAUUAAACUUUUCCAAUCCAGUAGGAAGCUUCAGGAGUAUGGAGUAACCUCCUUCUCUUCUCUUCUGGCUUCUACUUGCUUUGUUUCCAUAGUCAUCUCAUACAUGGGUUUCUUCCGGGUCAUGUUGAGGAUACCAACCGCCGAGGGCCAGGACAAAGCUUUCUCCACCUGCCUGCCUCACCUCUCCAUCAUCACCAUCUUUGUCUCCAACAGUGAUGAGGCCUAUCGCAAGCCUGUGUCCAACUCCCACUCGGUGUUGGACAUGCUGAUAUCUCCGUUCUGUUAUGGUGCUACCCCCCGCCCCCCCGCCCCCAACCCAAACCCCCUCGUCUACAACCUGAGGAACCGCGACCUGAAGAUGGCUUUGGGGACGGUGCUGGUGAAGAAAUCUAUCAACAGGAGAUAA